UUGUUUGUAUAAGCAAAGUAUAUUUAGACAAGAAUUUACUAGAUGAAGCAAAAGUUAAGUGUCUGACAUGUUAAAACUGCUCAAAUUGGAGAUGGUCGAGCAGGAAAUGUUGUAAAAGAUAGCCGCUUUGAGAUAGGAUGAGCCUACUAAACUAUGACCCGAAACUAGUUGUCAUUUCGUAAACGCUAUUAAACUCAUUACAGUAUCUUCACGUUGCAGUCUUCAAAUCAGAAGCAAGGGAAAAUUGAGUCUUUUAAUUGAUUUUUGAGGAAUCUUAAAAAUUCUUAAACCCAAUCAAAGGCCUCUUUCUAUUUACUUUGUUUGUUUGUUUUUCUCCUGAUGGUUAGUAGUUACAUAGGGAUUCUUCGCUGUAUACCUGAUAUUUUAUUUUCAUUGUGAUAACGUUCUUACAGACACUGAAAUAUGCCUUCCAAACCCACGAUCGACUCUGUUUUGUAAUGGAAUAUGCUAAUGGAGGCGAGCUCUUCUUCCACCUCUCACGUGAACGAGUCUUCACAGAAGACCGGGCACGUUUCUAUGGUGCUGAGAUUGUAUCAGCACUUGAGUACCUCCAUUCACGUGAUGUUGUUUACCGUGAUUUGAAGCUGGAGAAUUUGAUGCUGGACAAAGACGGACACAUUAAAAUAACUGAUUUUGGCCUUUGUAAAGAGGGCAUUACUCCAGAUGCAACAAUGAAAACCUUUUGUGGAACACCUGAAUAUCUGGCUCCUGAGGUCCUAGAAGAUAAUGACUACGGCCGCGCAGUGGACUGGUGGGGUCUCGGUGUAGUUAUGUAUGAAAUGAUGUGUGGCCGAUUGCCUUUCUAUAACCAAGACCACGAGCGCUUAUUUGAGCUCAUCCUAAUGGAGGAGAUCCGCUUUCCUCGGAACCUCUCACCUGAGGCCAAGUCCCUGCUGGCUGGCCUGCUCAAGAAGGAUCCCAAGCACAGGUUAGGAGGAGGUCCCAGUGAUGCCAAAGAAGUAAUGACUCACAAAUUUUUUAUCACCAUCAACUGGCAUGAUGUGGAACAGAGAAAGCUGACCCCCCUCUUCAAACCGCAAGUAACAUCAGAGACAGAUACCCGGUACUUUGAUGAGGAGUUCACAGCACAAACAAUCACACUCACUCCCCCAAACAAGUAUAACAGUCUGGACUGUGAGGACCCCAGCCAAGAAGCUCAUUUCCCCCAAUUCUCCUAUUCUGCUAGCAUAAGAGAGUGAUAGCAUCUCUGCCACACACACACACACACACACACACACACACACACACACACACACACACACACACACGUGUAUAAACACCUUGGUUACAAUCAUACAGCCAUAAAAAUAAGUAGAGCUUUCAUUUUUAAAGAGGUGUUACUCUUAGCACGAUUUCAGUGCCUUGCCUGGGAGCCUUAUUGUUAAAAUCUGUCUUUGUCCACAGAAAGGAAAAAGCCUAUCCACAGUGGUUAUACUGUAACAUAAGAACUUCACAUAGCCAUCAGUGCAGUUUAACAACAUAAUCAAGACCAUCAGACCUACAAAGAUGGUGCUGCUGUUUGUACCAUUCUUUUUUUCUUUUUUUUUUUAUAUUCAAUGAAUAAGCCAUGCAACUCCCCAUGACACUUGUAAGUCCUCUAAUUCAAUCCUGGCUGUGACCUUUGGUGAAAUAUGUGAAGAAGGGAGGAGAGCAGCAGUUAAUCUUACUAUUACACCAAAAAAUCCUGCAUGUCUGUUUUUUGAACAUUUUUUUCUUCUGUAUUAUUAGCUCAUUGAGUAUUAAGGAAUAAAUUAUAAUAUUAUACAAAUGGAAGGAUGUGUACUGAACUCAAUCCUUGUACAAGCUAACUGCAAAAAAUGGACAUUUGUCACUUUUUAUUACUUUGUGCUUUAGAAUUUUGGUCUCCCAUGUGUUAGAUAUUUGUAGCCUUUAUCAUUUAGCAUUUUUGGUCCCCCAGAACACAAGUUCACUUGCUGAACAUUUUACAUCAGAGAUGUCAGACUCAUUUUACAUCGAGGGCCACAUACAGCCCACUUUGAUCAUAUGGGGACCAUACAAGUGAAACUGCACUUCUUUUCAGCAUAAAUAUAUUUAACUGCACAUUUAAUCCCUGAGAUAUCUUAGUAUACAAUAAAGAAGUGUGUUUUCAACA